ACCUGGAUUUACCGUUCUUGGCCCCCCUAAGCCCCCCCGAGUGGGGGGCGGCUGUGAUCGCUCUGGCGGUUGGAGGUCGGGGAGCGGCCCGGGCUCUGGCCAUGUUCUCGGAUGAAGAUUUCUGGAUCGCCCUGUGAAGAGGUCUCCCCGAGAGGGCCCUGCCCAGUCGGAGAGAGGGAUGGACAGCCAGAAGCCGCCUGGUGAAGAUAAAGAUUCAGAACCGGCAGCUGAUGGACCUGCAGCCUCUGAGGAGCCAGGUGCCACUGAGCCAGACCUUCCUAACCUGUGUGUUGGGGAGGUCUCUGUCCCCAGUUCUGGAAGUCCCAGGCUUCAGAAGCCUCCUCAUGACUGCAGUGGGGGUCCAGCACGGCGUUGUGCUCUCUGUAACUGCGGAGAGCCCAGCCUGCACGGGCAGAGGGAGCUACAACGCUUUGAAUUGCCAUUUGACUGGCCCCGGUCCCCAGUGGUACCCUCUGGGGGGAACCCGGGGCCCUGUGAAGCAGUGCCGCCCAGUGAGGACCUAUCACAGAUUGGUUUCCCCGAGGGCCUUACACCUGCCCACCUAGGAGAACCUGGAGGGCACUGCUGGGUACAUCACUGGUGUGCUGUGUGGUCAGCAGGUGUAUGGGGGCAGGAUGGCCCGGAACUACGUGGUGUGGACAAGGCCAUCUUCUCAGGGAUCUCACAGCGCUGCUCGCACUGCACCAGGUUCGGUGCCUCCGUUCCUUGCCGCUCGCCGGGAUGUCCACGGCUUUACCACUUUCCCUGUGCGACUGCCAGUGGCUCCUUCUUAUCCAUGACCACACUGCAGCUGCUCUGCCCGGACCACAGAGAGAGGGCUGCACACUUGGAGGAGGCUCGCUGUGCAGUGUGUGAGGGGCCGGGGGAGCUGUGCGACCUCUUCUUCUGUACCAGCUGUGGGCAUCACUAUCAUGGAGCCUGUCUGGACACUGCUCUGACUGCCCGCAAGCGUGCCGGCUGGCAGUGCCCUGAAUGCAAAGAGUGCCAAGCCUGCAGGAAACCUGGGAAUGAUUCUAAGAUGUUGGUCUGUGAGACCUGUGACAAGGGACAUCAUACUUUCUGCUUAAAGCCACCCAUAGAGGAACUGCCUGCUCACUCCUGGAAAUGUACGACAUGCCGAGUAUGCCGGGGCUGUGGGGCAGGCUCCGCAGAACUGAGUCCGAACUCUGAGUGGUUUGAGAACUAUUCGCUCUGUCACCGCUGUCACAAAGCCCGGGGAAGUCCGCCCGUCGUCCCUGUGGCUGAGCAGCGCCCACCUGUCUGUAGCAGAUUUUCACCCCCAGAGCCUGGCGAUGCCCCCGCCGAUGAGCCCGAUGCUCUGUACGUUGCAUGCCAAGGGCAGCCAAAGGGUGGGCACGUGACCUCUAUGCAACCCAAGGAACCGGGGCCCCUGCAGCGGGAAGCCAAACCACCAGGGAGAGCAGGGACCCAACUUGAAGCCCAGCUGGAGGCUCCCCUAAAGGAGGAGAUGCCACUGCUGCCCCCGCCUGAGGAGUCGCCCCUGUCCCCGCCACCCGAGGAGUCACCUACAUCUCCACCGCCCGAGGCCUCACGCCUGUCCCCGCCACCUGAGGAGUCACCUGAAUCUAUGCUACCUGAGACAUCACGCCUGUCCCCACCGACUGAGGAGUCGCCCCUGUCUCCCCCACCUGAGGAGUCUCCUUUGUCUCCCCCACCUGAGGCCUCACCUUUUUCUCCACUGGAGGAGUCACCCCCAUCUCCUGCGCUAGAGACGCCCCUGUCCCCACCGCCUGAAGCCUCACCCCGGUCUCCACCAUUUGAGGAAUCUCCUCUGUCCCCUCCACCCGAGGAAUUGCCCACUUCCCCGCCACCUGAAGCUUCUCGCCUCUCGCCGCCACCUGAGGAGUCACCCAUGUCCCCUCCACCCGAAGAGUCACCCAUGUCCCCUCCACCCGAGGCAUCUCGUCUGUUCCCGCCAUUUGAAGAGUCUCCUCUGUCCCCUCCACCUGAAGAGUCGCCUCUGUCCCCACCUCCGGAGGCAUCACGCCUGUCCCCACCCCCUGAGGACUCACCCAUGUCUCCCCCACCUGAAGACUCACCGAUGUCCCCUCCACCUGAAGUAUCACGCUUCUCCCCCCUGCCCGUCCUGUCACACUUAUCCCCCCUGCCUGAGGUGUCACGGCUGUCCCCACCACCUGAGGAAUCUCCCCUGUCCCCUCCCCCUGAGGACUCUCCCACCUCACCUCCACCUGAGGCUUCACGACUGUCCCCUCCCCCUGAGGACUCACCGGCCUCACCACCACCAGAGGACUCCCUCAUGUCCCUGCCGCUGGAAGAGUCGCCGUUGUCGCCACGGCCUGAGGAACCGAGACUCUGCCCUCAGCCCGAAGAACCAUACUUGUCUCCUCAGCCCGAGGAGCCCCAACUCUGUCCCCAGCCCGAGGAGCUGCCCCUGUCUCCACAGUCUGAGGAGCCAUGCCUGUCCCCUGUGCUUCAGGAACCACAUCUGUCCCCUGUGCUUCAGGAACCACAUCUGUCCCCUGUGCUUCGGGAACCACAUCUGUCCCCUCAACCUGAGGAACCACAUCUGUCCCCUCAGCCUGAGGAACCACGCCUGUCCCCCCAGCCUGAGGAACCACGCCUGUCCCCCCAGCCUGAGGAACCACACCUGUCCCCUCAGCCUGAGGAACCGCGCCUGUCUCCCCAAUCUGAGGAGCCAUGCCUGUCCCCCAAGCCUGAGGAACCGCGCCUGUCUCCCAUGCCUGAGGAGCCAUGCCUGUCCCCCCAGCCUGAGGAACCGCGCCUGUCUCCCCAAUCUGAGGAGCCAUGCCUGUCCCCCAAGCCUGAGGAACCGCGCCUGUCUCCCAUGCCUGAGGAGCCAUGCCUGUCCCCCCAGCCUGAGGAACUGUACCAGUCUCCUCGGCCUGAAGAACCUCCUGAGGAGCCAAGCCAGUGCCCUGCUCCUGAGGAGUUGCCCUUGUUUCCCCCAGCUGGGGAGCCACCUUUAUCCCCCAUGCUUGGGGAGCCAGCCCUGACUGAGCCUGGGGACCAACCUCUGUCCCCACUUCCUGAGGAGCUGCCCUUGUCCCUCUCGGGGGAGCCAGCCUUGUCACCUCAGCUGAUGCCACCAGAUCCUCUUCCUCCUCCGCUCUCACCCAUUCUCCCAGCUGCGGCUCCUCCAGCCUUGUCUCCUUUGGGGGAGUUAGAGUACCCCUUUGGUGCCAAAGGGGACAGUGGCCCUGAGUCACCAUUGGCUGCCCCCAUUCUAGAGACGCCUAUCAGCCCUCCACCAGAAGCUAACUGCACUGACCCUGAGCCCGUACCCCCAAUGAUCCUCCCGCCAUCUCCAGGCUCCCCAAUGGGACCUGCUUCUCCUCUCCUCAUGGACCCCCUCCCUCCACCUUGUUCUCCACUCCUCCAGCCUUCCUUGCCUCCUCCAGCCUCUCCUCCCCGAUGUUCACCUCCCGCUCUGCCACUGUCCGUCCCCUCCCCACUGAGUCCUGUGCAGAAGGCAGUGGAUGUCUCAGAUGACGCUGAGCUGCAUGAGAUGGAGACUGAGAGAGGUCCAGAACCUGAGUGCCCAGCCUUGGAACCCAGAGCCACCAGCCCUCUGCCAUCCCCUAUGGGGGACCUUUCUUGCCCUGCCCCCAGCCCCGCCCCUGCCCUGGAUGACUUCUCUGGCUUGGAAGAAGACACAGCCCCUCUAGAUGGGACCGACGCUAACACUUCACAGUCACAGACUGGACAGACCCCUGGCAGUUUGGCUAGUGAACUUAAAGGUUCUCCUGUGCUCCUGGACCCUGAGGAGCUGACCGCUGUGACCCCUAUGGAGGUCUAUGGCCCGGACUGCAAGCAGGCAGGACAGGGCUCACCCUGUGAAGAGCAGGAGGAGCCCGGUGCACCAGUGGCCGCCACGCCACCCACUCUCAUCAAAUCGGACAUUGUUAAUGAGAUCUCUAAUCUGAGCCAGGGCGAUGCCAGUGCCAGUUUUCCCGGUUCAGAGCCCCUGCUGGGCUCUCCUGACCCCGAGGGGGGCGGCUCCUUGUCCAUGGAGCUGGGCGUGUCUACAGAUGUUAGUCCCGCCCGAGACGAGGGCUCCCUGCGCCUCUGCACCGACUCACUGCCAGAGACUGAUGACUCACUGCUGUGUGACGCUGGGACAACUGUCAGUGGGGGCAAAGCGGAGGGCGACAAAGGACGGCGGCGCAGCUCCCCGGCCCGGUCCCGGAUCAAGCAGGGUCGAAGCAGUAGUUUCCCAGGAAGACGCCGGCCUCGUGGAGGAGCACAUGGCGGACGAGGGCGAGGACGGGCUCGACUGAAGUCCACCACUUCUUCCGUCGAGACCCUGGUAGUGGCUGAUAUUGAUAGUUCUCCUAGCAAGGAGGAGGAGGAGGAAGAUGACGACACCAUGCAGAAUACGGUGGUUCUCUUCUCCAACACGGACAAGUUUGUUCUGAUGCAGGACAUGUGUGUGGUGUGCGGCAGCUUUGGCCGGGGUGCCGAGGGCCACCUCCUGGCCUGUUCCCAGUGUUCCCAGUGCUACCACCCUUACUGUGUCAACAGCAAGAUCACCAAGGUGAUGCUGCUAAAAGGCUGGCGUUGUGUGGAGUGUAUUGUGUGCGAGGUUUGCGGCCAGGCCUCUGACCCUUCGCGCCUGCUGCUCUGUGAUGACUGUGACAUUAGCUACCAUACGUACUGCCUGGACCCUCCACUGCUCACUGUGCCCAAGGGUGGCUGGAAAUGCAAGUGGUGUGUGUCCUGUAUGCAGUGUGGGGCCGCCUCCCCUGGCUUCCACUGUGAGUGGCAGAAUAGUUACACGCAUUGCGGGCCCUGUGCCAGCCUGGUGACUUGUCCUAUCUGCCAUGCCCCCUAUGUGGAGGAAGACCUGCUAAUCCAGUGUCGCCACUGUGAACGGUGGAUGCAUGCUGGCUGUGAGAGUCUCUUCACAGAGGAUGAAGUGGAGCAAGCUGCCGAUGAAGGCUUUGACUGUGUUUCCUGUCAGCCCUAUGUGGUGAAGCCCGUGGCGCCAGUUGCCCCACCGGAGUUGGUACCAGUGAAGGUAAAAGAGCCAGAGCCCCAGUUCUUUCGCUUCGAGGGUGUGUGGCUGACAGAAACGGGCAUGGCGGUGCUGCGUAACCUGACCAUGUCACCACUACACAAGCGGCGUCAGCGGCGAGGACGGCUAGGCCUCCCAGGCGAGGCAGGGCUGGAGGGCCCUGAGCCCUCAGAUGCCCUUGGCCCUGAGGACAAGAAGGAUGGGGACCUGGACACUGACGAGCUGCUCAAGGGUGAAGGUGGGGUGGAGCACAUGGAGUGUGAGGUUAAACUGGAAGGUCCUGCCAGCCCUGACGUAGAACCUGGCAGAGAGGAGACAGAGGAGAGCAAAAAACGCAAGCGCAAACCCUAUCGGCCGGGCAUUGGCGGUUUCAUGGUACGACAGCGGAAAACUCACGCACGUGUGAAAAGGGGGCCUGCCGCACAGGCGGAGGUGUUGAGUGGGGAUGGGCAGCCCGACGAGGGUGAGACGGUGAUGCCCCCUGAGCUGCCUACCGAGGGCUCUGUCGAGCCAAGCCUUGCUGAGGGGGACGAGAAGAAGAAGCAGCAGCGGAGAGGGCGCCGAAAGAGCAAGCUGGAGGACAUGUUCCCUGCUUAUUUGCAGGAAGCCUUCUUUGGGAAGGAACUGCUGGACCUGAGUCGGAAGACCCUUUUCGCAGUUGGGGUGGGCCGGCCAAGCUUCGGAUUGGGAACUCAGAAGCCCCGGGGGGAUGGAGGUCCAGAGAGGAAGGAGCUCACUGCCUUGCACAAAGGAGACGAUGGUCCUGAUGUUGCAGAUGAAGAGUCCCGUGGUCCUGAGGGCAUGGCUGAUCUACCAGGGCUUGAGGAUGGGGGUGUAAAGGCAUCGCCAGUGCCCAGUGACCCUGAGAAGCCGGGUACCCCAGGUGAAGGAAUGCUUAGCUCCGACUUAGACAAGAUUCCCACAGAAGAACUGCCCAAGAUGGAGUCCAAGGACCUGCAGCAGCUCUUUAAGGAUGUGCUGGGUUCAGAAAGAGAGCAGCAUCUGGGUUGUGGAACUCCUGGCCUAGAAGGCAGCCGCACACCACUGCAGAGGCCCUUUCUCCAAGGUGGCCUCCCUUUGGGCAGCCUCCCUUCCAGCAGCCCAAUGGACUCCUACCCAGGCCUCUGCCAGUCUCCCUUCUUGGAUUCUAGGGAGCGCGGGGGCUUCUUUAGCCCAGAACCCGGUGAGCCAGACAGCCCUUGGACAGGCUCAGGGGGCACCACCCCCUCCACUCCCACCACCCCUACCACAGAGGGUGAGGGCGACGGACUGUCCUAUAACCAGCGGAGUCUCCAGCGUUGGGAAAAAGAUGAGGAACUGGGCCAGCUCUCCACCAUUUCACCUGUACUCUAUGCCAACAUUAACUUUCCUAAUCUCAAGCAAGAUUACCCAGACUGGUCUAGCCGAUGCAAACAAAUCAUGAAGCUCUGGAGAAAGGUUCCAGCUGCUGACAAAGCCCCCUACCUGCAAAAGGCCAAAGAUAACCGGGCUGCUCACCGCAUCAACAAGGUGCAAAAGCAGGCUGAGAGCCAGAUCAACAAGCAGGCCAAGGUGGGCGACCUAGCCCGUAAGACUGAUCGACCGGCCCUCCAUCUCCGCAUUCCCUCCCAGCCAGGGGCACUGGGCAGCCCGCCCCCUGCCGCGGCCCCCACCAUUUUCAUCGGCAGUCCCACCACGCCUGCUGGCUUGUCUACCUCUGCGGACGGGUUCCUGAAGCCACCAGCGGGCACAGUGCCCGGCCCUGACUCCCCUGGUGAGCUCUUCCUCAAGCUCCCGCCCCAGGUGCCCGCCCAAGUGCCUUCGCAGGACCCCUUUGGACUGGCCCCUGCCUACGCCCCGGAGCCCCGCUUCUCUGCGGCACCGCCCACCUAUCCUCCUUACCCAAGCCCCUCUGGAGCCCCCGCCCAGCCCCCGAUACUGGGCACCACAACUCGACCUGGGACUGGCCAGCCAGGGGAAUUCCACACUACCCCACCGGGCACCCCCAGACACCAGCCUUCCACGCCUGACCCCUUCCUCAAACCCCGUUGCCCCUCAUUGGACAACCUGGCUGUGCCUGAGAGCCCAGGGGUAGCAGGAGGCAAGACGUCCGAGCCUCUUCUCUCACCCCCACCUUUUGGGGAGUCCCGGAAGACCCUAGAGGUGAAGAAGGAAGAGCUUGGGGCAUCCUCUCCUGGCUAUGGUCCCCCAAACCUGGGCUGUGUUGACUCACCCUCCUCAGGCCCCCAGCUGGGUGGCCUGGAGUUAAAGGCACCUGAUGUCUUCAAAGCCCCCCUCACCCCUCGGGCAUCUCAGGUAGAGCCCCAGAGCCCGGGCCUGGGCUUACGGGCCCAGGAGCCACCCCCCGCCCAGGCUUUGGCCCCUUCUCCUCCCAGCCACCCAGACGUCUUUCGUUCUGGCCCCUACACUGACCCCUAUGCCCAGCCCCCAUUGACCCCUCGGCCCCAGCCACCACCCCCCGAGAGCUGCUGUGCCCUGCCUCCUCGGUCACUGCCCUCUGACCCUUUCUCUAGAGUGCCCGCCAGUCCUCAGUCCCAGUCCAGCUCCCAGUCCCCCUUGACUCCACGCCCCCUGUCUGCUGAGGCUUUCUGCCCAUCCCCCGUUACCCCUCGCUUCCAGUCCCCUGACCCUUAUUCUCGUCCACCCUCACGCCCUCAGUCCCGUGACCCCUUUGCCCCAUUGCAUAAGCCACCCCGGCCCCAGCCCCCUGAAGUUGCCUUUAAGGCUGGGCCCCUAGCCCACACUCCGCUGGGAGCUGGGGGCUUCCCAGCGGCCCUGCCCUCCGGCCCAGCAGGUGAGCUCCAUGCCAAGGUCCCAAGUGGACAGCCUCCCAAUUUUGCCCGUUCUCCUGGGACAGGCGCAUUUGUGGGCACCCCGUCUCCCAUGCGGUUCACUUUCCCACAGGGGGUAGGGGAGCCUUCCCUAAAGCCCCCUGUCCCUCAACCUGGUCUCCCUCCACCCCAUGGGAUCAACAGCCAUUUUGGGCCUGGCCCCCCCACCUUGGGGAAGCCUCAAAGCACAAACUACGCGGGAGCCACAGGGAACUUCCACCCAUCAGGCAGCCCCCUGGGACCCUCCGGUGGGCCCACGGCGGAGGGCUAUGGGCUGUCCCCACUGCGCCCCGCGUCGGUUCUCCCGCCUCCCACACCCGACGGACCCCUCCCCUACUUGUCCCAUGGAGCCUCACAAAGGGCAGGCCUCACCUCGCCAGUGGAAAAGCGCGAAGACCCAGGAGCUGCAGUGAGCGGGGCCUCUUUGGCAGCCCCCGAACUCUCAAGUACCCAGGAUGCAGGCAUGUCCAGCCUCAGCCAGACGGAGCUGGAGAAGCAGCGGCAGCGCCAGAGACUACGGGAACUGCUGAUUCGGCAGCAGAUCCAGCGGAACAACCUGCGGCAGGAGAAGGAAACGGCUGCGGCGGCCGCGGCUGCGGCGGGGCCUCCAGGCACCUGGGGUGCUGAGCCCGGCAGCCCCGCCUUCGAGCAGCUGAGUCGAGGCCAGACCCCGUUCACCGGGUCCCAGGAGAAGAGCAGUAUGGUGGGGUUACCCUCAAGCAAGCUAGGCGGUCCCAUCCUGGGACCAGGAGCCUUCUCCAGUGAUGACCGACUCUCCCGGCCACUUCCACCAGCCACACCUUCCGCCAUGGAUAUGAACAGCAGGCAACUUGUCGGAGGCUCCCAGGCCUUCUAUCAGCGCACACCAUAUCCUGGGUCCCUGCCUCUACAGCAGCAGCAGCAGCAGCAACUAUGGCAGCAACAGCAGCAGCAGCAGCAGCAGGCAACAGCAGCAUCCUCCAUGCGACUUGCUAUGUCUGCUCGAUUUCCAUCAACUCCUGCACCAGAACUUGGCCGUCAAGCACUAGGUUCCCCCUUGGCAGGGAUCCCCACCCGCCUUCCAGGCCCUGCCGAGCCCGUGCCUGGUCCAGCUGGUCCUGCUCAGUUUAUUGAGUUGCGACACAAUGUGCAGAAAGGACUUGGACCUGGGGGAUCUCCGUUUCCUGGUCAGGGUCCCCCUCAGAGGCCCCGUUUUUAUCCGGUAAGUGAGGAACCCCACCGACUGGUUCCUGAAGGUCUUCGGAGCGUGGCUGCUUCAGGCCUUCCCCCACAAAAACCCUCAGCUCCACCAGCUCCUGAUUUGAACAACAGCCUCCACCAGACACCCCAUACCAAGGGUCCUGCCCUACCAACUGGCUUGGAGCUGGUCACCCGUCCACCAUCAAGCACUGAACUUGGUCGCCCCCCUCUGGCCUUGGAAGCUGGGAAGUUGCCUUGUGAGGAUCCUGAGCUAGAUGAUGACUUUGAUGCCCACAAGGCCCUAGAGGAUGAUGAAGAGCUUGCUCACUUGGGUCUGGGUGUGGAUGUGGCCAAGGGUGAUGAUGAACUGAGCACCCUGGAAAACCUGGAGACUAAUGAUCCCCACCUAGAUGACCUCCUCAAUGGAGACGAAUUUGACCUGCUGGCGUACACUGACCCAGAGCUGGAUACCGGGGACAAGAAGGACAUCUUCAAUGAGCACCUUAGGCUGGUGGAGUCAGCGAAUGAGAAGGCUGAGCGAGAAGCCCUGCUGCGGGGGGUGGAGCCAGUGUCUCUGGGCCCUGAGGAACGCCCUCCGCCUGCCACAGAUAACUCUGAGCCUCGGCUAACAUCUGUGCACCCUGAGGUGAAGCCCAAAGUGGAGGAGGGAGGGCGCCAUCCUUCUCCUUGCCAGUUCACCAUUAACACCCCCAAGGUGGAGCCAGCACCUUCGGCCGCCCCCCUCAGCCUGGGACUCAAGCCAGGUCAGACUGUGCUGGGCAGCCGGGACACGCGAGUGGGUACAGGACCAUUCCCCAGCAGUGGGCACACAGCUGAGAAGGGCCCCUUUGGGACCACAGGAGGAACACCAGCUCACUUGCUGAACCCCGGCUCACUGAGUGGCCCAGGUGGAUCCUCCCUUCUGGAGAAAUUUGAGCUAGAGAGUGGGGCUCUGGCCUUGCCCAGCGGACACGCGGCACCUGGAGAUGAGCUGGACAAGAUGGAGAGCUCCCUCGUCGCCAGCGAGUUGCCCCUGCUCAUCGAGGACCUGUUAGAGCAUGAGAAGAAGGAGCUGCAGAAGAAGCAGCAGCUUUCAGCCCAGCUGCAGCCUGCCCAGCAGCAGCCACAGCAGCAGCAGCCGCCGCAGCAUUCCCUCCUUCCUGCGCCAGGCCCUGCACAGACCCUGCCUUUGCCACAUGAGGCUGGGCCCCCACAGCAGCUUGCCCUGGGCCUUGGAAGUACUCGGCAGCCAGGUUUGGGCCAGUCACUGAUGCCCACCCAGUCCCCGGCUCACGCCCUCCAGCAGCGCCUGGCUCCGCCUGUGCCUAUGGUGGCUAACCAAGGGCAUAUGCUAAGUGGGCAGCAGGCGGGGCAGACAGGCUUGGUGCCCCAGCAGAGCUCCCAGCCAGUGUUAGCACAGAAACCCAUGAACGCCAUGCCAGCUCCCAUGUGCAUGAAGCCCCAACAGCUGGCAAUGCAGCAGCAACAGCUGGCUAACAGCUUCUUCCCUGACACAGAUCUGGACAAAUUUGCUGCCGAGGACAUCAUUGAUCCUAUUGCAAAGGCCAAGAUGGUAGCUUUGAAAGGCAUCAAGAAAGUGAUGGCUCAGGGCAGCAUUGGGGUGGCCCCCGGGGUGAACAGGCAGCAAGUCUCCCUGCUGGCGCAGAGGCUCUCUGGGGGCUCUGGCUCUGAUCUGCAGAACCAUGUGGCACCUGGGAGUGGCCAGGAGCGGAAUGCUGGUGACCCUUCUCAGCCUCGUCCCAAUCCACCCACUUUUGCCCAGGGAGUGAUCAAUGACGCUGACCAGCGACAGUAUGAAGAGUGGCUGUUCCACACCCAGCAGCUCCUCCAGAUGCAGCUGAAGGUGCUGGAGGAGCAGAUUGGUGUGCACCGCAAGUCUCGGAAGGCUCUGUGUGCCAAGCAGCGCACUGCCAAAAAGGCAGGCCGUGAGUUCCCGGAAGCUGACGCUGAGAAGCUCAAGCUGGUCACAGAGCAGCAAAGCAAGAUCCAGAAACAACUGGAUCAGGUCCGGAAACAGCAGAAGGAGCACACGAAUCUCAUGGCAGAAUAUCGCAACAAGCAGCAGCAGCAACAGCAGCAGCAGCAGCAACAGCAGCACUCAGCUGUACUGGCUCUCAGCCCUUCUCAGAGUUCUCGGGUACUCACCAAGCUGCCUGGCCAGCUGCUCCCUGGCCAUGGAUUACAGCCACCACAGGCACCUCCAGGUGGCCAAGCUGGAGGUCUUCGCCUGCCUCCAGGAGGUAUGGUACUCCCUGGACAGCCCGGUGGUCCAUUCCUCAAUACUGCCUUGGCCCAGCAGCAGCAACAGCAGCAGCAGCAGCAGCAGCAGCAUCCUGGUGUGGCUGGAUCCUUGACUGGCCCCUCAGGGAGCUUCUUCCCUGGCAAUCUUGCUCUCCGAAGCCUUGGGCCUGACUCAAGGCUUUUUCAGGAAAGGCAACUACAGCUGCAGCAGCAACGAAUGCAGCUGGCCCAGAAAUUGCAGCAACAGCAGCAGCAACAGCAGCAGCAGCAGCAGCAGCACCUCUUAGGGCAGGUGGCAGUCCAACAGCAGCAGGGUCCCCCCGGAGUACAGAACCAGACUCUGGGUCCCAAGCCUCAGGGCCUUCUGCCUCCCAGCAACCACCAGGGCCUCCUGGUGCAACAGUUGUCCCCCCAGCAAUCACAGGGCUCCCAGGGCAUGCUGGGUCCUGGCCAGGUUGCAGUGCUGCAGCAGCAGCAGCAGCAGCAGCAGCACUCUGGAGCUUUGGGUCCUCAGGGCCCUCACAGACAGGUGCUUAUGACUCAGUCCAGGGUGCUGAGUUCCUCUCAGCUGUCGCAGCAGGGUCACAGCCUGAUGGGACACCGACUGCUCACAGCCCAGCAGCAACAGCAGCAGCACCAACAACAGGGCUCUAUGGCAGGCCUUUCCCAUCUUCAGCAAGGAAUGAUGUCCCAUGCUGGACAGCCCAAAAUGAGUGCUCAGACGUUGGGCUCCUUGCAGCAACAGCAACAGCAGCAGCAGCAGCUGCAGCAGCAGCAACAACAACAGCAGCAGCAGCUGCAGCAGCAACAGCUGCACCUUCAGCAGCUGCACCAGCAACAACAGCUCCAGCAACAACAGCAACAUCUUCAGCAGCAGCAACAGCUCCAGCAGCAGCAGCAACAGCAGCAACAUCUGCAGCAGCAGCAACAGCUCCAGCAGCAGCAGCAACAACAGCAACAUCUUCAGCAGCAGCAGCAGCAGCAGCAGAUGGGCCUCUUGAAUCAGAAUCGAACUUUACUAUCUCCUCAACAGCAGCAGCAGCAGCAGCAGCAGCAACAGCAACAACAGCAGCAGCAGCAGCAGGUGACACUUGGCCCUGGCAUGCCAGCCAAACCUCUUCAACACUUUUCUAGCCCUGGAGCCCUAGGCCCAACCCUCCUCCUGACAGGCAAGGAACAAAACGUUGCCGAGACGUCACUCCCUUCAGAGGUCACUGAGGGGCCCUCCACACAUCCAGGAGGGCCCCUAGCAGUGAGGACUACACCUGAGUCAGUGUCUGCUGAACCAGGGGAGGGAAAGCCCGCCAUUGCCGGAGACUCACAACUCCUACUUGUCCAAUCCCAGGCCCAGUCUCAGGCCGCCUCAGUGCAGCUGCAGCCACCACUAAGGCUCCCAGGACAACCCCAACAGCAAGUUAACUUGCUCCACACAGCGGGUGGAGGAAACCACGGGCAGCAGCUAGGGAGUGGGUCCUCUUCCGAGGCCCCGUCAGUGCCCCACCUGUUGACCCAGCCCUCUGUUUCCUUAGGGGAGCAGCCUGGGCCUAUGGCCCAGAACCUUCUGGGCUCCCAGCAGCCCCUUGGGCUAGAGCGGCCCAUUCAGAACACUACAGGGCCACAGCCUCCCAAAUCGGGCCCUGUCCCUCAGUCUGCACAGGGCCUUCCUGGGGUUGGAGUCAUGCCUACGGUGGGUCAACUUCGAGCACAGCUCCAAGGAGUCCUGGCCAAAAACCCACAGCUGCGGCACUUGAGCCCGCAGCAGCAGCAGCAGCUGCAGGCCCUCCUCAUGCAGCGGCAGUUGCAGCAGCAGCAGCAGCAGCAGCAGCAGCAGAGCCAGACAGUACGCCAGACUCCACCCAUCCAGGAGCCUGGGACCCAGCCCUCUCCUCUCCAGGGCCUCUUGGGCUGCCAACCUCAACCUGGGAGUUUUUCUGGAUCUCAGACUGGACCCCUCCAGGAGCUAGGGGCAGGGCCUAGACCUCAGGGCCCACCCCGGCUCCCUGUCCCACAAGGAGCCUUAUCUACAGGACCAGUGCUUGGCCCUGUCCAUCCCACACCUCCACCAUCCAGUCCCCAAGAGCCAAAGAGACCUUCACAAUUACCUUCCCCCAGUGCCCAGCCAACCCCUACCCAUCCAGGGACUCCAAAGCCCCCAGGGCCAACCUUGGAGCUGCCUCCUGGGAGGGUCUCCCCUGCUGCUGCCCAGCUUGCAGAUACAUUCUUUGGCAAGGGGCUGGGACCUUGGGACCCCUCAGACAACCUAACCGAAGCCCAGAAGCCAGAACAGAGCAGCCUGGUAUCUGGGCAUCUGGAGCAGGUGAACGGACAGGUGGUACAUGAGCCACCCCAACUCAGCAUCAAGCAGGAGCCUCGGGAAGAGCCAUGUGCCCUGGGUGCCCAGGCAGUGAAAAGGGAGGCCAAUGGGGAGCCAGUAGGGACACCGGGCACCAGCAACCACCUUCUGCUAGCAGGCCCCCGCUCAGAGGCCGGGCAUCUGCUCUUGCAGAAGCUUCUACGGGCAAAGAAUGUGCAACUUGGUACUGGGCGGGGGCCUGAGGGACCUCGGUCUGAGAUCAACGGACACAUUGACAGCAAGCUGUCGGGGCUGGAGCAGAAACUCCAGGGUCCUCCCAGCAACAGAGAGGACGCAGCCACGAGAAAGCCUUUGCCAGUGAAGCCCAAGCGGGCACAGAAGGCAAGCGACAGGUUGGUGAGCUCCCGAAAGAAGCUGCGGAAAGAAGACGGGGUCAGGGCCAACGAGGCCUUACUGAAACAGCUGAAACAGGAACUGUCCCAGCUGCCCCUGACAGAGCCUACCAUCACCGCCAAUUUUAGCCUCUUUGCUCCCUUUGGCAGCGGCUGCCUAGUCAGUGGGCAGAGCCAGCUCAGGGGGGCCUUUGGAAGUGGGGCUCUGCACACCGGCCCCGACUACUGUUCUCAGCUGCUCACCAAGAAUAACCUGAGUAACCCGCCGACACCACCCUCGUCGCUGCCCCCCACCCCACCCCCAUCGGUGCAGCAGAAGAUGGUGAACGGUGUCACUCCCUCUGACGAGCUGGGGGAGCACCCCAGGGAUGCAGCCUCGGCCCAGGACACGGAAGGAACAUUGAGGGAUGCUGCAGAGGUGAAGAGUUUAGACCUGCUGGCUGCUCUGCCCACCCCCCCUCACAAUCAGACGGAGGACGUCAGGAUGGAGAGUGACGAGGACAGUGACUCUCCUGACAGCAUCGUGCCCGCCUCGUCCCCUGAGAGCAUCCUUGGGGAAGAGGCCCCACGUUUUCCACAGCUGGGCUCUGGCCGGUGGGAGCGGGACAGUCGGUCUCUCUCUCCCGUCAUCCCUAUCAUCCCCCGUGCCAGCAUCCCUGUCUUCCCAGAUACAAAACCUUUUGGGGCCCUGGACCUGGAGGUCCCUGGAAAGCUGCCUGCUGCAGCUUGGGAAAAGGGCAAAGGAAGUGAGGUGUCAGUCAUGCUGACAGUCUCUGCCGCCGCCGCCAAGAAUCUGAAUGGUGUGAUGGUAGCCGUGGCCGAGUUACUAAGCAUGAAGAUACCCAACUCCUACGAGGUGCUCUUCCCAGACAGCCCUGCCCGAGCUGGCCUUGAGCCCAAGAAGGUGGAAGCGGAGGGGCCUGGUGGGAAAGAAAAAGGGUUGAGUGGCAGGGGCCCGGACGCUGGACCUGAUUGGCUGAGGCAGUUUGAUGCCGUGUUGCCUGGCUACACCCUCAAGAGCCAGUUAGACAUCUUGAGCCUCCUGAAACAGGAGAGUUGUGCCCCAGAGCCAUCCACCCAGCACAGCUACACCUACAAUGUCUCCAACCUGGACGUGAGGCAGCUCUCCGCCCCGCCUCCCGAGGAACCGUCCCCACCUCCAUCCCCUUUGGCGCCUUCUCCUGCCAGCCCCCCUGCCGAGCCCCUGGUUGAACUUCAGGCUGAACCCCCUGCUGAGGCUCCAAUCCCUUCGCCUCUACCCCUGGCGUCCUCCCCUGAAUCUGCCCGGCCCAAACCCCGAGCCCGGCCCCCUGAAGACAGCGAAGAUUCUCGUCCCCCGCGCCUCAAAAAGUGGAAAGGGGUACGCUGGAAGCGGCUGCGCCUGCUGCUUACCAUCCAGAAGGGCGGCGGGCGGCAAGAGGACGAACGGGAAGUGGCAGAGUUCAUGGAGCAGCUCGGUACAGCCUUGAGACCAAACAAGGUGCCUCGAGACAUGCGACGGUGCUGCUUCUGUCAUGAAGAGGGAGAUGGUGCCACUGAUGGGCCUGCCCGCCUCCUCAACCUUGACCUGGACCUCUGGGUACACCUCAACUGUGCCCUGUGGUCCACGGAGGUGUACGAAACCCAGGGCGGGGCGCUGAUGAACGUGGAGGUGGCCCUGCACCGAGGGCUGCUGACUAAGUGCUCCCUGUGCCAGCGGACUGGCGCCACGAGCAGCUGCAACCGCAUGCGCUGCCCCAGUGUCUACCACUUUGCCUGCGCCAUCCGUGCUAAGUGCAUGUUCUUCAAGGACAAGACCAUGCUGUGUCCCAUGCACAAGAUCAAGGGGCCUUGUGAGCAGGAACUGAGCUCCUUUGCUGUCUUCCGGAGGGUCUACAUCGAGCGGGACGAGGUGAAGCAGAUCGCCAGCAUCAUCCAGCGGGGUGAGCGGCUGCACAUGUUCCGAGUAGGAGGUCUUGUGUUCCAUGCCAUCGGACAGCUGCUCCCACACCAGAUGGCUGACUUCCACAGCGCCACGGCCCUCUACCCUGUGGGCUACGAGGCUACUCGGAUCUACUGGAGUCUUCGGACCAACAAUCGCCGCUGCUGCUACCGCUGCUCCAUCAGCGAGAAUAACGGCCGGCCGGAGUUUGUGGUCAAGGUCAUUGAGCAGGGUUUAGAAGACCUGGUCUUCACUGAUGCCUCUCCCCAAGCUGUAUGGAACCGCAUCAUCGAACCUGUGGCGGCCAUGAGAAAAGAAGCAGACAUGCUGAGACUCUUCCCCGAGUACCUAAAAGGCGAGGAGCUCUUUGGGCUGACAGUGCACGCUGUGCUUCGCAUAGCCGAGUCGCUACCUGGGGUGGAGAGCUGUCAGAACUAUUUAUUCCGCUAUGGGCGCCACCCCCUGAUGGAACUGCCACUCAUGAUCAACCCCACCGGCUGUGCCAGAUCAGAACCUAAGAUCCUCACACACUACAAACGGCCCCAUACCUUGAACAGCACCAGCAUGUCUAAGGCGUACCAGAGCACCUUCACAGGCGAGACCAACACCCCGUACAGCAAGCAGUUUGUGCACUCCAAGUCAUCUCAGUAUCGGCGCCUGCGCACCGAGUGGAAGAACAAUGUUUACCUGGCUCGCUCCCGUAUCCAGGGCCUAGGGCUCUAUGCAGCCAAGGACCUAGAAAAGCACACGAUGGUCAUCGAGUACAUUGGCACCAUCAUCCGCAACGAGGUGGCCAAUCGGCGGGAGAAAAUCUACGAGGAGCAGAACCGAGGCAUCUACAUGUUCCGGAUAAACAAUGAACACGUGAUUGACGCUACGUUGACUGGAGGCCCUGCCAGGUACAUUAACCACUCCUGUGCCCCUAACUGUGUAGCAGAGGUCGUAACAUUUGACAAGGAGGACAAAAUCAUCAUCAUCUCCAGCCGGCGGAUCCCCAAAGGAGAGGAGCUGACCUAUGACUAUCAGUUUGAUUUCGAGGACGAUCAGCACAAGAUCCCCUGUCACUGUGGAGCCUGGAACUGUCGGAAAUGGAUGAACUAAGAAGCUUUGAGGCUACCAGGCAGGGGAACACCCCACCCCCCGCCUCUUCCCUGAAAGGGAUGAGGGGGAAGAGCGGUAGCAGCCAGAGCUAGGACCCAGGGCUGGGGCUGCCGGCCGACCAGAGCCCCUGGAGCAGGAGGCUGGGGCGGAGGGCCCUAGGCCAAGCCCACCCUGGGCACCAGGGACAACCAUCUACCCUGCCACCGGCCCUCAGGCUGACAUCUCUGCCCCCAGCUCCAGGAGGGGACAGACAGAAGCAGCCACUGGGCAUCUCAGGUUUGAGGGGGAUAUGGGCCGGGAACUACCCAGAAGUGUCUGGGAGGCAGCAGGGAGGGAGGAGGAGGAUGUGUGGCCGGGCCUCACAGCCCUGCUGCCUCCACCAGCCUCUCUGGCCCAACUCAAGGCUGCAAAGAGACUUGACUAAAAGCUUGACAAUCCCAAAGGCCGGGUCCCACACCUGGCCCUGCCUGCCGGGUCCUGCCCCUGCCCUCACCCCCGUCCCCUUCCUCUCUCUGUCUCUGUCUCCCUCUUUCCUCUGUGUUUCUGUCUCUCUAUGGGUUGUGUUUCCUUGUUUUCCACUCUGACAAAUGCAACAUGAUGGGAAAGAGGCAUCCAGAUGCCCAGGAGGGCAAGCUGGGCAAGCCGGGCAAGGAGACCCCGCACCCACACCUACCUCAUUUAAGUGUUGGAUUUUUUGCUGUUUUGAAAUGUGAGACCCUCUCCAAGCCCCUACUGCCCCAGCCCUCUCCCCCACCUCACUGCCCUCUUCUAGUGGGUGGAAGGGGGGGUAGGAGGAGGAAGCAACAACAAUAACAACAACAAAAAUCCAUCUUUGUUUUUAAUGAUGGGCGUGGGAUGGUGGCUGUGGCAAAUGGUGAUGAAGAUUGGGGGUGACUGGUCCCUAGUUGCUCUAGAACUUCCUUCUCCAUCUGGACAUGGAGGCAGGAGGGGGUGUGCUAAACCUAGGACCAGGAUCUCUCUCUCCUGUUUUCCCAGCCUCAUCCUUAGCCCAUUUGCCCUCCAGCCCCUGGAUGGGGUGUGGGGGGUAGGGUGAGGGCUAUCCCUGUGUGGCAUGCCCAUACCCAGUGAGGCAGGGUGUGGCCCAGAGCUCUCACUUUCCCUCAGUCACCAAACUGCUGCUGGUCUGGUGGGAAUGGGUGGUGAUGUGGGGGUGGGGAGCUUAGUGUCAGCGCGGGGAGGGUGGGGGGUAUUUAUCUAUUUAUACAUGGGGUUGUAUAUAGUCUUGUGGGGCAUGGGGGAGCCGGCUGGAGGUGAGAACCCUCCCCUCUCCCCCAACCCCCGGGGAGAGCAAAUGUAAAACUACUAAUUUUUGUGCUUUAUAUAUUCUAUAUAAAUAUAUCUAUUUUCUUUUUACAAAACCAGUUUAUAAAUGGUAGGGGGGUGUGGGGCGGACACAUGGAGCUCCCCUUGUGGGGGGGCCCCCUCCACUACCCAACCUACCGCCCUUUCCUCACCCCCCCCUUUCCCACCCCCUGGCUGUGACUGCUGUAAGGUGGGGGUAUAGAGAGAAGCUGGGUGAUCCUCACCCCAGUUGUAUAGUUGGACUACGAUAUAACGCACAAAAGUAAGCUGGCCCCAGGGGGAGCCAGAGGGUGAUGGGUUCCCUGAUCUUCCUUUCCUUCCUCUUCUGCCCAAGCUUGUGCUGCAGUUAAACCUCUUCCUGGGGGGUGUAGGGUGAGGGUGUGUGAGGCCUCAGACUGCUCUCGGUAGGGAGCCGUGGGGAUGAAGAUGAAGCUUAUGUGCAGUUCUCUCCUGGGGGCUGUGGGCAAAGGGCAUUUUGUAAUUAAUAUUUCCAAGAAUCAGAUAUCUGGACUGUAGAGAUGGGCUUGAUGGUGGCACAUGAGCAGGCCUGCUGAGGGGUAGCACGAUUGCUGUUGUGAUUUUAGGUUUUUGUUUUGUUUUAAAUUUGGGGGAUUGUGGAUUGAUGGGGGGUAGGGAGAUUUUUUUUCCUGGUCUUUUUUUUUUUCCUUUCUUUUCUUUUCUUUUUUUUUUUUGAAGCUGCUUCCUCAACUGUUUCAAGCUGCAAAUGUUUAAGAGAAUGACAGCCCCCCACCCGCUCCCACAGAAACCAUUGUAAUCAGAUCAGGCAGUGGGAAGACUGGGCUGCUGGCCCCAAAGCCACGGAGCUGAAAGGUCUAGGCACUAGGUGGGGGAGAUUUGUCUCCUGUGGGUCAGGCGCUGGUUGGGGCUUGGGCCCCAGAACCGGGAACGGAGAAGGGGCAGACUUUGUAAGCAUAUGCUAGGUAUCCGAUAGUCCUGUAGAAUUUAGUGAAGAAACCUUAUACAGUUUUUAAUUUUUAUAUAAACUAUAACUCAGACCCACGCUACAAGGUUGGAAUUUUGGUUGUUGGUUUUUGUUUUGUUCUGUUUUUUUAAGUACCCCGCCUGUAUAAUCGCAUCAAAAUCCCACCCCCGUGUUUGUAUUUUGGGUUGGUUUACACUUGCACAUACUCAAUUUUCAGUUUCCCCCCUUGACCGUCUACCCUCACCUCCAGGACCCUCCCCCUUUUUAAAAAAUAAAUCGCUGACAAGUGUGAAUCCCGUGAAGAACUUUAUUUUGUGUUGUGUGUAUCCUGUACAGCAAGGUUGGUCCUUCGUAACAACGGAUGAAAUGGUUCCCUUUUUUAAAGCGCUCUCUCUUCCUCCACCCCAGCGCCCCCGUCCUUGGCAUGUUUUGUAUCAGCGAUCAUUCUGAACUGUACAUAAUUUAUGUUGCGAGAGGCAAAGGGCAAGUUUUGGAUUUUGCUUCUUCAAAGUUUGUUUUUAAACGACAAAUAAAAAAAGGACAUUUUAAAUA